AUGGCGGCCCAGGGAGGCGGAGAAACCCGCCUCUCGCCACCUCCUCCAAUCAGCGGCCGCCAACUCUCCCGUGGAGGCCGCGGGUUGACCAAUGGAAGGAGGCGGCGUGGAAGACGGGCGGGGGAGAGGGCCAAUGGGAGCAGCGGCGGGGGGGAACCGGCCCAGCGCGGGGGCGGCGGUGCCGGUAUCGGUGUGGUGGGCGCCGAGCGAGGCGGGAUGCAGGCGGCCCACGGGCUCUGGGCGACGCUGGCCCUGCUCCUGCUGCCGGCCGGCAGCCGGGCGCUGAGGAACGGGGAGUGCGAGGUGUGUGUCACCUUCCUGGGGAGAUUCUACCAGAGUCUAAAGGACAACAAUGCUGAGUUCACACCCACCAGUAUUGAAAAGGAGCUCAUGAAAUCCUGCAGAGAGGCAAAAGGCAAAGAGAACCGGUUGUGCUAUUAUAUUGGGGCUACAAGUGAUGCAGCCACCAAAAUUAUUAACGAGGUGUCAAAACCCAUGAGUCAUCACAUCCCCGUGGAAAAGAUCUGCGAUAAACUGAAGAAGAAAGACAGUCAGAUCUGCGAACUGAAAUACGACAAACAGAUCGACCUGAGCACCGCCGACCUGCGCAAGCUGCGCGUCAAGGAGCUGCGGCGGAUCCUAGACGACUGGGGGGAGGCGUGCAAGGGCUGCGCCGAGAAAUCCGACUUCAUCCGCAGGAUCCACGAACUGAUGCCCAAGUACGCGCCGAGGGCGGCGGGCGCUCGCGCCGACCUCUGAGGAGGGGCCGCGCGGGGCGGGCGGGGAGAAGCCGCUACGGCGCGCGCUGUACGAGGCUCAUUAAAGUACUACGGUUCCACCGGG